AUGACCUUGCUGUCAUACGUAAUCAUGGGCCUAUGCUCGGCUCUAUGGCUUGCGGGCUUCUUUUCGACUGCGUUUUUCUGUACCCCGCCGAAGAGAAUAUGGCUUGCCGACACCCCGGGUCAUUGUGGUGAUCGCAAAAUGCUGCAUACUGGUGUCAAUGCGAGUGAAGCAAUUCUCAGCUUCUUUGUUGUCAUUCUUCCUAUCCCCUUGAUAUGGGGCAUGCCCUUAUCGAAGACUAGGAAGACUUCACUGAUGUGUAUCGAAGCGCUAGGGCUGGCCAUCAUUGCCAUUAUUGCUAUCCGCAUGAAAAUCAAGUUCGACCUCGACCCAGAAGACCCAACCCACAGCUCUGCCAGGAAGUCGAUACUUUCAUGCGUCGUGCCUCUUCUGGGAAUAAUUGUUGCCUGCCUCCCAACCCUAGAGCCAGCCAUCCAAAGGAUCUUUAACAUAUCUGCAUCUCCAUCUUCAGUCCAUACGUCUAUAUAUGAUCCAACCUUUGCGAGGUAUUGGAAGACGACAGUUCUUUCGGGUAGGGGUUUGGAGGAACCAGAAAUGCCUCUGGUCACUCUUACGCAGCCUUUCAUGACGAAGAUGGGUUACCUUGCUCCGGGGAAUAUUCAGGUCACUUCUCAUUGGGAGAUUCAUUCGUCGCGGGGUUCGGCAAGAUUUGAUAGAUCACCCGUGCGGCAGGCCUGA